UUUUUUUCUUCAGUUUCAAUUAUUAAAAGAUAUUGGAAGUGAAAAAUAUGAUAAUUUCUGUCAGAAACGGUGAAAGCCAGACAAACUUAUAUGAUAAUACUGCGCUUUUGAAUUGGUAAUGAUCUGUCAACUAUAGUGAUAGUGAGAUUGAGAAAGAGUACAAUGUGCAAUGUUAAAAAUAAAUCCCAGACAUCUGUGACAACUUUAUCAAACGAACUCAUGACCUUAGCCUCAUUUUGCCCAAUUUAUUUCAAAGCUGGAAAUUGCUUUGAACUUACAGUUGAAAAUAAUAUUGUAAUGGAUUUGCUCAAAGAAUUGCUAGGCAACUGCUCGAUAAACAUCCUGCAAUACGCACACGCAACAAUAGGAUGAAUGUUAUAGCCCACUGCUAGGCAGUAGUUAGCACACCAAUGGUCUGAUGAGAUAGCAAACAUGUGACAUGUGUUUUCUGUGCAUGGUCCGUGCUGUGGAGUUAACUUGAAGACUUUCGGCGCUACAAUGCAGUUGACAGAAUUAAACUGGAGAGUUGAAGUCAGUCACGGGAAGUCCAUAGUUGAAGAAGAAUUAGAAGUAGACCAGUGAAGACUUAAUUUGUGAUUUGAAGACUUUAUGUGAGCUGUAGUGCAGCGAUAUCUGGAGUAUGACAGCUAUAGUCCCAUGUUAAAAUCCGUUGCCAGGAAAUGGAUGGGAAAAACUUUGCAGAGGAAUAGUCAUUGUUGGAGAUCUGUUACCUAGCAAUGACUAGUUCAAGUAGACUUUGAAGGCGUUAUUUAUGUGUUAUAAUUAAUUGUAGUUACGACUUGUGAAUAUCCAAUAAAUUGAUUUGCCAGUCCAAACCCGUGCCUGUAGUCACUCCGACAUAUGACAGAAUAAUAAAAACCAAUGACUUUUUCAAAAGUGUCAGCCACAUCCAGAGGCAUGACAACGCCAUGAAACUAUGGCAUUGCUGGUAAACAGAAUGUUCAAGGAGAGGAAGUGAAAAAGUUGGAUGUGUUAGCCAAUGAGCUAUUUAUAAAUAUGUUAAGCUCCUCUUUCACAACUUGUAUGUUGAUAAGUGAAGAAAAUGAAACUGUUAUUGAGAUUGAAGGAGAAAAGCAAGGAAAGUACAUUGUGUGCUUUGAUCCUCUUGAUGGCUCAUCAAAUAUUGACUGUCUAGUGUCCAUUGGGUCCAUAUUUGGGAUAUUUAAGAAAAUAGAAGGAAAGCCAUUACCCACACUAGAGGAUGCUCUGCAGCCUGGGCAUAAGAUGGUGGCUGCAGGCUAUGCUCUUUAUGGAUCUGCCACCAUGAUGGUCCUUUCCACUGGUGGAACUGUCAAUGGCUUUACCUUGGAUCCUGCCAUAGGAGAAUUUGUUCUCACUGACACGGACAUAAGAGUACCUGAUCGUGGUAAUAUCCUCAGUAUCAAUGAAGGAUAUUCAUAUAUGUGGGAUGAAGCAGUUAAGGAAUAUGUAAGCAGCAAGAAGGAUCCAAAGAAUGGAAAGCCUUAUGGUGCUCGAUAUGUUGGCUCAAUGGUAGCUGAUGUCCACAGAACUCUCAAAUAUGGAGGAAUUUUCAUGUACCCAGCUACAUCUGCAGCUCCAAAAGGAAAGCUUCGACUGUUGUAUGAAUGCUUUCCAAUGGCAUACAUUAUGACACACGCUGGUGGGCUUGCAUCCAAUGGGACAACUCCAAUCUUGGAUAUAGUUCCUGACAGUAUCCAUCAAAGAUGUCCCAUCUUCCUUGGAUCUCAAUAUGAUGUAGAAGAUGUUAUGCAACUUAUCAAGAAGUACAAUAAGUAAACAAUUGCAGACAAAUGUUUUUAAUAAAACAGGAAUUGUCAUGUCAAUGAGACUGAUAAAAUACACACAAAUAAUUGUUUUUGUAUAAUGUAUAAUAAAUUUUAUAGAACUUCA